GAGGAGGAGAGGAGCUACACAAUGGUCACCUGAGAGAAUACAAAUUAAAUAAAAAUGAAAAUACCAAAAAGAAAACUAUUCCUCCUAAUUAUUUUUGCGUAUGUGGCAUUUUCACUCUAUGCUGCAUAUAAUGUCUUCUUCAGCACCAAAGUCAUCUCCCGUGUUCACAGGGUGGUGAAGAAAGAGACGGGGGCUCUCUCGGGUGGUGUCAGAGAUGGACCAAUGUUAGCUCGUGAUUGGAAUCCGUGGGAGGAUGAACAGGUGGACUACAACUCUGCUCUGACCAAAAAGAGGGAGACCUUCAAACAGCACCUGGGUCGAAUUGACAAGAACAAACCCAAAAGAUACAGGGUACAAAUCUGGGGUAAAGCUGCCAUUGGGAUUUACCUUUGGGAACAUAUUUUAGAGGGACCCCUCAACCCUACUGACAAGAUCGCACAAUGGCGUGAGGGAGAACUGCAGUCAGGAAAGAUUGAUUUCAGUUUCUACACAGGUCCUGCAGUGGUCCAGGGUCAUGUCCCUCUGGAUAUGAACAGCCUGGUUCUGGUUCUGAAUGGCCGCGAGCAGCAGAAGGUCUCUUACUCCACACGCUGGCUGGAACAUGUCCAAGCUCUGGUACAGUCCCACUCAGUGUCACAUGUGGCUGUGAUCAUGCUGGGAAAUGAGCACUGCAACAACGACUUCAUUGCCCCAUAUUUAAAGAGAAAUGGUGGAUUUGUGGACUUGCUGUUUUUAGUGUACGACAGCCCCUGGGUCAACGACAAGGAUGUCUUCCAGUGGCCUCUUGGUGUCGCCACAUACAGGCAGUUUCCUAUGAUCAGGCCUAAUGCCCAACUGAUUACCUCAAACAGGCCAUACCUCUGCAAUUUCCUAGGAACUGUUUACAAAAAUUCCUCCAGAGAAACUCUAAUGCAGGUGCUGAAACAAUCUGGUCUGGAUAAGGAAUGCAUCACCACUGCCAGGGAGAAGUGGCUCCCUCAGGAGACAGCAGACAGUUUGAGACGCUAUCAGACAGCUCUGGCCCAGAGCGAGCUCACUCUCUGCCCAGUCGGAAUCAACACAGAGUGCUACCGCAUCUACGAGGCCUGCUCCUACGGCUCAGUGCCCGUGGUGGAAGACGUAAUGACACCUGGGACCUGUGCGGCCGGGUCCAGCUCCCCGCUACGUCUGCUCAAAGCUGCAGGGGCACCCUUCAUCUUCAUCAGUGACUGGAAAGAACUGCCGGCCAUCUUGGAGAGGGAGAGAGGGAUGAGCCAGGAGCAGAGGGUGGACAGGCGGAGGAGGCUGUUGGAGUGGUACGCCAGCUUCCGCCAGCAGAUGAAGGAAAGGUUCACUGAGGUCAUCGAGGAGACUUUCUUCAAAAGCGGCUGACUGCGAAGUUUAAUAAAAAAAAAAAAAAAAAAAAUUCAAAGGUACACAGGGGUAGACGUUCAAUAUUGUUUUAAUUUAUUUUGUGGAUUGUGGAUAAAUGUGACUUGUAAGUGUAAUAUUACUGUGAGGGUCAUUAUAAAACCAUUUGUGUAUUUUGUAAAGCUGCCAUUAAAGGGCCACAUGACAUUGGCGUAUGUUUAUCAUCUUAAUGUUUACAACGGUGGAUGUCCAGGCAUGUAGAAAUACUAAAUUAUAAACUGCCUUUUUGCAUUUUGAAGUCCUUAUAUUAUUUCAAACAUGUUUUAUAUCUGUUUGUAUUUUUUAGAAAACACUAAACAUUAGGAGAAGAAUGAGAUGUUAUGUGUUUUAAGGCCUCAUUUGAAAAUGGUGCCUAGAGCUUUUAUUUUGUAAGUGACUUGAAAAUGGAUGUUGUUGCUCUGGCAUGUGACACUUUUCUGAUCAAAACAUGACAAAGGACUUUCUUCUUUGUUCAGUUUAUUUUAGUGGUGUGCUGCAUGGAUUAUUUUUAGACAGUACAAGAAAAUAAACUGGAGUUUUGUCCUGAAGAGAAAUGAGUGGAUGUGCUUGUCCUGUGCUUUUAUUUUCCAUACACUGCAGAUGGCGCUGCAGACCAGGUAAUUUUUAGUGGCCACAAUGAUCUCAGAUGAAGCUAAAAGCUUUUUGAAAUGAAUUAGCAAAAUGCAUGGUGAUAUCUACAGAGUUUGUUAAACUUAUACUAAGACAAUGUAUUUACUCUGCAUUUGACUAAUUUUUGUCUUUUUUGGAAUAUUUGAUGAAUAA